AUGUCAUCCCCUCUAGAUUUUGAAGAGGACUACGACACACGCUUCCUCCUCCCCCAGGGUGUCGGUGACACGGAAGACGUCGAGCGAUAUAACCCCGGGGGCUUCCAUCCUGUUCAUCUGGGCGAUAGAUACGAUAGCGGGCGCUAUAGAAUUGUGCACAAGCUCGGUGCUGGUGGCUUCUCUACCGUUUGGCUCGCGCGAGAUGAGAAGGAAGACAAGUGGGUAGCUCUGAAGAUUGUUGACUCUGAGCAUUCAAAUUCGGUUGGCGAAAAGAGCGACUUGAGCCGUCGCGUGACCUCAAAGUUGCUAGCCAGAGGAGCACAAUUCGUGGUGGAGCAUCAGCGGCAGUUCACUUUCGACGGACCAAAUGGCCAUCAUCUAUGUCUUGUCUUGCCUGUCCUUGGUCCAUCAAUGUCUGAAUUGUCGUAUAACUUCACCUGCCGGCCUACGCCACAGCUCGCUCGGAGAGUUGCCUAUCAAGCCACAAAAGCGGUAGCUGAUCUUCACUCAGAAGGCCUAUGCCAUGGAGAUGUAACAACAGGGAAUAUUCUCCUUAGCCUUUUAGAUAUUGGCCAAUUUAAAGAAGAUGACAUUUACGCUCUGUUCGGUCGACCGACGACAGGGAGUCUGGAGACUGAGUCUAGAGAAGCGACCGGUCCUGAGGCACCACGAUAUAUCGUACGAGGAAUAGACUUUCUGUCUUGUUCAACAAACAUCAUUAAACCUAACAUCAAACUCGUCGACUUCGACCAAUGCUUCUCUGCCAUGUCACCACCAGAGAAACUUUUAGGUACUCCGCUCGAUUUCCUAGCACCCGAAGUCGCAGUCGGCCUGGCUGCUAGUCCCGCGAGCGAUGCCUGGGCUCUUGGCUGUUGCAUAUUCCGACUUAGGUCUGGGGAGGGCCCUUUCUCGAGUCCUUUCGAGGUUACUUGCCCGGCGGACCUGAUGAGGUACAUCGUUUAUACUCUGGGGGAAGAUAUGCCCCUUAAGUGGCAGGAAACUACCUUAUGGGACUCUCAAGGACGACCGACUAAGGACCCUAGCAAGGGCGAAUUGCAUGAGCAGUGGUGGGAGGGCGACCAACGGUCCUUGCAAGAUAUGAUUUGCAACAUAUGGGACGAACCGGAGAGCCGUAUCGUCCAGACCGGCACGCCCAGGCCGGAGCGGAAGAUUUUGUUUGAACGCGAGCACCAACCUUUUCCCUCAUGCUUUUCGAAGAUGGUAUGGAACCCAAGAGCCGUCAAGGUAGAUAAUAUCUAUCUAUCCGGCUACAACGAUGAGUGGGAUGCGCUGCUAGAGGCGCUGCCCAAGAUACCGAAGCGCGAAGCUGCCCUGCUAUACGACUUAUUAUCAAAGAUAUUCGUCUACGAUCCGACAAGGCGUCCCACAGCCGAGGAGAUGCUUAGCCACCCUUGGUUUCACCUAGACGGGCCACCAGACGGGCCACCAGACGGGCCACCAGACGGGCCGCCAGACGGACCAUGA